AUGGAGCUGGACUACUCGCAAGGCGGCGUGCUGCCCAGCUUUGACUUCGCGAUCGAUUCGGUCAACUUCUCCGACCGGAAGCUGCAUAUAGAGAUCGUCGCCGGUGACCACGCGCUGGGUUUCGGCGGACACGUCGGCGGAGGAUCCACUGCCGACCAGGCGCGCCGCGGCGAGGAGAAAGGUGAUGACUCUUCCUCAAUGAUGGUGGGUACACCAGUUUUACGAGAAAAAACCAUUCAUAUCAAUUCAGCGAUUCUUGCUUCAAGAAGUCCUUUCUUUCUGAAGUUUUUCUCAAAUGGCAUGAAAGAAUCUGAUCAGACGCACCCAACAAUUAGGAUUGCUGAUACAGAGGAAAAUGCCCUUAUGGAGCUUUUAAGAUAUAUCUACAGCGGAAAGUUGACAACAACGGAGCCCAGUCUAUUGCUCGACAUCUUGAUGGCUGCAGACAAAUUUGAGGUUCUCUCUUGCAUGAGGCAUUGCAGUCAGUUGCUCAGAAGCUUGCCUAUGACCACAGAAUCUGCACUGCUUUACCUAGACCACCCUUGCUCGGCCUCAUUAGCAGCUGAGGUCGAGGGUGUGAUAGGCGUAGCCAAGGAAUUCCUUGCCAACAAAUACAAUGAUUUUGAUAAGUUCCAGCAUGAACUGAUGAACUUCCCUCUUGCUGGGAUUGAAACCAUCUUGUCAAGUACCGACCUACAAGUAGCGUUGGAAGAUUGCAUAUAUACCUUUAUACUCACAUGGGCGCGGGCACGAUACCCAGAAUUGGACGAAAGACGUGAGAUCUUGAGUUGUCGUUUACUUCCACUGGUUCGCUUCAGUCAUUUGACAUGUCCAGCACUAAAGAAUAUCCUAGCACACGCUGAUGAUGAUAUUGACCAUGGGCAAGUAGCUAAGCUUAUCGCUGAGGGACUUCUGCAAAAAGCUUACCCAAAACAGAUGGAAUGUGCUCUUACAGCAGACGUAACAACCUGUCGGCAAUUUACUGAACGAGCUUACAAGUUCAAACCUGUGAAGUUGGUUGCUUUUGAUCGACCCUGCCCACAGGUUAUAGCUUACCUGGAUGUAACGCGCGAGGAGUGCUCCCAACUCUUCCCGUCUGGAUAUGUAUGGUCGCACAGCUUCCGGCUUGCAAGGUGGAAGGGGGGCAUUUUUUUCAACCCAGUCUGUACAAUGAACAAGCAGAGUAAGUUGUGCACCUUUGGUCUCAAGUUAAUGGGAUUCAGUGAUAAUCAGAAGGUCUCAACAGUUUCGACAGUAGUAGAUAUUGAGUUUGCUGCAAGGACAAGAUCGUCAGGGAAAUUUGAGAGAAAGUACAGGAGUAAGGGCACCUUCACCGGUGAUUGGUCGGUAAAAUGCGAUGAUCUUUUUGGCGUUCCAUGGUCGAUGUUCAUUGCCGAUGAAGACCUCUUCAUUGACGGUGUCCUGCAUCUGAGAGCUGAUUUGGCGGUGGUCCGGCAGCCGCAGUUACACGCUUGAUAUGAUUUCUCACUCAGCAGAGUUGGGUCGUGUACUCGUGUGUUCGUCAUCAGUCACUUCAAAGGAUUCUGGCUGUACUUUGUGUCUGAUUUUGUUAUUUUUGUGUCUGCUGGAAACACUUUU